CCGCAAUGUCGCUCCUCAAGGAAGUGAACGCCCAUGCGACGGUGGCAUGGAGCCCGAUGAAGCACAGAUCCAACCUCAUGGCCCUUGGAUCCAAGGACGGCGUCGGCGUCGGCUUCGACAACUAUGGCGGCGAGCUCCAGCUCUUCUCUAUGGACUUUGCCGACGUGUCGCCAUUGCCCGUGCAAUUGGGCAGCAUCAAGACGUCGUCGCGCUUCAUGACCAUGUCGUGGGCUGAUGUCCUCAAGCAUCAGAGCACGUGCGAAUUGGGCCUCCUCGCUGGCGGUAUGGCCGACGGCACCGUGAGCAUUUGGGACCCGAGCAAGAUGAGCAACCCGGCGACGCAGGCCGCGGCCGAAGUGGGCAAGGUCGCCCGUCACAAGGGCCCUGUCAACGCGCUCCAGUUCAACCCGCACAGAGACAGCUCGCACUUGCUGGCCUCGGGUGGCGCGGACGGCGAAGUCUUUAUUAUGAGCGUCGACAAGCUCAACGCGCCGCCGCAGGUCUUUACGCCGGGUGGGCCCAGCUAUGUCGCGCAGCCUGGCAACGAAAUCACUUGCGUCGCAUGGAACUCGCAAGUGUCGUACAUCCUCGCCGCGGGCUCGCAGAAUGGUACCGUGACGAUCUGGGAUCUCAAGCAGAAGAAGCCGUGGUGCGAACUCAAGGACCCGCAGCGCGGCGCCGUCUCGGCGAUCGCCUGGAACCCGAGCGAGGGCAUGCACAUCAUCACAGCGUCCAGCGACGACCAGCGCCCGGUCCUGCGGCUCUGGGAUCUGCGCAGCUCGACGUCGACGCCCCUCGCCGAGUUGCACGGCCACACGGCGGGCAUCCUCUCGAUCUCGUGGUGUCCGAAUGACCCGGGCCUCGUCCUCUCGACGGCCAAGGACAACCGCACGUUGCUCUGGGACCUCUUCUCGGGCCAGCCGAUGUUUGAGUUUCCGUCCAACUCGCCGGCCGCUCCGGUCGGUGGUCCCGGUCAGUUUUUCGCCGGUGGCGGCGGUGGCCAGCGCCGCUUCAAUGUUCAGUGGUCGCCCAAGAUCCCCGCGGUGGCGUCCGCCUGCACGUUUGACGGCAAGGUCCAAGUAUGGGGCCUCGCGGGCAGCGGCGGUCCGUCGACGCGUGCGCCCAAGUGGCUGCAGCGCCCGGCCUCGGCGACCUUUGGCUUUGGCGGCAAGCUCACGGUCGUGACGCCAUACCCCAACCCGGCGCAGUCGCAGUACCAGCAAGUCAAGGAGUACCGUCCGGUGCACAUUCACAAGAUCGUGACGGACCCUGCGACGGUGCAGGCGGCCGAUCUCUUGGAGCAAGCGCUUGCCGGGAAGGACUUUAAGGGGCACUGCGACAAGAAGAUUGCGUCGUCGCCCUCGGACGCCGACGUCUGGAGCUUCAUGAAGGUGCUCUUUGAAGACGACGCGCGCCAGCAUCUGCUCUACCAUUUGGGCUACGACGCGGCCACGAUCAAGGCGGAUGCGGACAAGUACUUGGGCAAGACGGCCGAGCCCGCGCCGAUCGCGGCGGCCCCGGCAUCGGCGUCCGCCGAGGACAUCUUUGCCGCCGGUAGCCUCUCCACCGAGAGCCUCAGCGCGGACCUUCCAGCGGCGGCGCCCAAAGACACGAGUGCCCGUCUCUCCCCUGUCUCGCUGCCGCAGUACACGGAGGCGUCGGAAGAUGUCAUCAAGCGCUCGCUCCUUGUCGGCGACUUUGCGUCGGCCGUCGAGGUCUGCCUCCAAAACCACCAGUUUGCCGACGCACUCUUGCUCGCGUGCCAAGGCGGCGCCGACCUUUGGAACGUGGCGCAGGAGGCCUGCAUCGCGGCGGCCCAGGCGCGGCCGUUCAUGAAGAUCGUCAACGCGAUGCUCAAGAGCGACCUCGGCUCGCUCGUCGACGACUCGGAGCCGGAGCUCUGGACCGAGACGCUUGCGAUUCUCACAACGUACGCCAAGAGCGAUGAGUUUGCGCCGCUCUGCGACCGCCUCGCGGCCAAGCUCGAGGCCGCGGGUGACAGCGCGUCGGCGACGCUCUGCUACAUGUGCUCGGUGAACGUCGAGAAGAUUUACUCGGCGUGGGUCAAGGAGGCCGCCGUCCAGGCCAAGACGCGCGACCCGGUUUCGGUGCUCCAAGAUCUCAUCGAGAAGAUUUCGAUCUUUGCGCAAGCGACGGCCAACCCGGACCAAGAUCUGAGCCCGGCGAUUGCCGAGCAGUUUGCUGCAUACGCCUCGCUCAUGGCGUCGCAAGGCCGCCUUGAUAUUGCGGCCCGGUACGCCAAGUUUACGGACUUGAGCUGUGCGAUCAUCCGCGACCGCGUCUUCCAUGCGGCGCCGAUUCCCGGAGUCCGUGCCCCGCCGUUCCCGUUUGCGGAUGCUGCCGCUGCCCAGCCCGUCGCGCCCCAGCAGCAGCAGCAACCACAGCAGCGCCAGGCGCCCGCACGCAACACGCAGUAUGCUGCGCCUGCCGCCAACAAGUCCUAUGCAGCUCCCAGCAACGCCUAUGCGCCGCCCGCUGCCGCCAACGCCUAUCAGGCGCCCCCGGCGGCCCAUGCGACACCUGCGGCCAACACGUACCCGACGCCUGUGCCCGCGCCGUACCCCAACCAGGCGUACAAUGCGCCUGCACCAGCGUACCCGGGUGCGACCCCUGGCUACGCUGCGGCUCAAGGGGCUGGGUACCCUCCCGCGGCUGGAUACCCGAACCCUGCUGUGGCGCCUCCCGCGCCGGCUCAACCGGGCUACCAGACGUACGCUGGCCAGCAAACGAGUGCGUACGGCCCGGGCUCGAACACCGGUUACCCCAACCCUACUGCAACGUAUGGUCCUGGGUCUAACAGUGGUCGCCCGAAGCCUGCUGCGACCUACGGUCCUGGCUCCAACAGCGGCUACCCCAAGCCUGGCCAAGGGUUCAACACGCCGUCGCAGCCGCCUGCUGCCGCGCCGGUCGGUCAAUUCCGAUCGGGUGCCUCGUACGGAGCGCCUGCUGCACCGCCGGCUGCCGCAUACCCCGGCGCGCCACAAGCGUACGCACCGGCGCAGACGUUUGGGACGGCGUCGCAGUCGUCGGUACCGGUCACGUCGUCGCGCAUCGUGACAGCGCCCGUCGACAUCAACCGCCACAAGACGGACGGCUUUGUGAGCAGCGUUGGCAACAAGGACCUCAUCCGCAAGUACGGCAACGCGACGAGCGCCAUCAUGUCGCCGACCGAAGAUGAGAAGAAGGGCUUCUCGGCGCCACGGCCCGCUCGGCUGCACGGACAGCGUCUCGGCCGAAGACUUGAUCAUCGUCGAGACGUUCAAUGGCUUGGUCGCCCGACUGGAGGGCGCCUCGCUCAACCCGGCGGAGCAAAAGAUGCUUGUCGAGGGCCAGAAGGCCAAGGACCUCAUGUUUACCAAGCUCAAUGUGGCCGAGCUGAGCCCGAGCGUCGUCAAGAGCCUCCACGACAUGGUCGGUGCCAUCGGACGCAGCGACAUUCGGAGCGCUUUGCACAUCCACACGGGCCUUGCGACGUCCGACUGGGCGGCGCACAAGGACUGGCUGCGCGGCAUGAAGACGCUCCUCCAGCUCGCGCUCAAGCGCUCAUAAAGAGAUAGUAAAAUGACUACAG